GCCUGCCUGUCUGUCUCUACCUCGGCCACGGCCUACUUCCCCGACACCCUUCACCCCUGUCAUCUCCCUCUCGUGCUACUUGACCCCCUCCCCGCCUGUCUAAGGCCUUACGGGUGCUUGAAAUUACGCAGGAGUGGAGUGGGUAGUAGUUGGACGCGUUGUGCAUCAUGCACAUGCAGUUGAAGAGACCAUGUGUUGUCGCAGCAGCCGUCGCUUCUCUGCAGUGCCUUUGCUCGAAGGCCUUCGUGCAGCCAUUCUCUCAACAUCGAGCGAAGCAGGGAAUUUGGCCCCACCAAUACUCGUGUAAGAGUACCUCCUUGCCUGUGCAGCAACGAGCGAGAUCGUAUCAUGUUAGCAUGAUGACGGAAACGACUAGCGACACCCCUCCCGGCCGGAAGGACGAGGUCCUUGCCGUGCUGUCGGCUGUGAUGGAUCCCGAUCUGUCAAUGGACAUAGUAUCGCUCGGCUUUAUCAAAGAGCUUGAGAUUUCUGGUGAGGACGAAGGCCGACAGGUCGUGACCUUCGAUGUCGAGCUAACCACACCUGCUUGCCCGGUGAAGGCCCAGUUUCAACAAGAUUGCCGAGAUCUCGUUGAGGCACUACCCUGGGUUGAUCGGGCUGAAGUGACGAUGACAGCACAGCCAGUGCGGGAUGUGUCAGACACCGUCCCUACUGGCCUGUCAAAAGUUGCUACCAUAAUUGCAGUCUCCAGCUGCAAAGGCGGCGUAGGGAAAUCAACAACAGCUGUCAACCUCGCCUUCGCACUCGACAAGCAAGGUGCCAAAGUCGGGAUCCUCGACGCCGACAUCUAUGGUCCGAGUCUACCCACCAUGGUUAAGCCCGACAGGGAGGAAGUGGAGUUCGUGGGAAAUCAGAUUCGACCAAUGACAGCUCACGGGGUGAAGCUCAUGAGCUACGGCUUCGUAAACCAGGGAGCAGCCAUUAUGCGAGGUCCUAUGGUCUCCCAACUCCUGUCGCAGUUCGUCACACUAACGAGUUGGGGGGAAUUAGAUUACUUGGUGAUCGACAUGCCUCCGGGCACUGGAGAUAUUCAGCUGACCUUGUGCCAGGUCUUGAACAUUACAGCAGCAGUCAUCGUCACAACUCCACAAAAGCUCAGCUUCACCGACGUGGUGAAGGGAAUUGAUCUUUUCGACACUGUAAAUGUUCCAAGCGUGGCUGUGGUGGAGAACAUGGCCUACUAUGACGCGGUCGAUCAAACGGUGUUCAAAACUGGCUUAGAGAGUAACAUUGAGGACCUGCUCACACUGGAUGGCGAUGAGUUGUCUGCCGCUGCAGCUCGCGAAGGUCUUGCUUCACCGCCUCAAGACGAGACGGCUUUGCGAGCUGCGGUGAUCGCCGAAGUGAUGAAAAAGCGAGCCAGCACAAAGCAGCGGGAGUACAUUUUCGGGAAGGGACACCAAAUGCGCUUGGCGGACAUGUGGGGCAUAACGAACACAAUUCGCAUGCCCUUGGUGGCGGAUGUGGCGUCCAGUGGGGACUCAGGUAUUCCGUUCGUUGUGUCCAAGCCCGACAGCGACCACUCGGAAUCCUACUCACAGUUGGCGGAAGCUGUUGUACGAGAGGUGGCAAAGCUGAAGUUCAGCGACAACGACCGGCCGAUGCUGUCGUUCCAACCGGCCGAAGGCACUGUCACGAUAGAGACGAGUGGCGGCAAGCAGGUGAUGGCCGCGGCCGACCUCCGGCGACAAUGCCGGUGCGCUCUCUGCGUCGAGGAGUUCUCGGGAAAGCCCCUGCUGGACCCUGCGAGCGUGCCUGAGAACAUUGUACCGACUGAGUUCGCCCCGAUAGGAAACUACGCGGUCAGCGUCAAGUGGGAUGACGGGCACAGCUCUCUGUAUCCAUACAAGAACUUUGCAAUGGGCUAUAAACCGCGUACGAAGCGACCCGAACUAUCACCCGUCUAGAGCGUUGCAAAGUAAGUGUAGAGCUUUUGGAUGGCAAGGACGGACGCCGAUCUCUACUUGAUGGAAUACGUUGCCUGGUUGCUGUUGUUUGCGAUUGUUGACAUUGCGGUGGUGUUGUGGCAGAUUGGAUGUCAGUCUUGGACUGAUUUUUUGUAAGGAUGAUCUGCCGACCGCCUUCAGCAUCAGUUAAGUAAGCUUUCCUUUCCCUCUAUUUGUUGGAAGUUGAAGUGUGCACGAAAGCGUGUUCCUGUGUAUAUUGCACAACCUGGUCGGUCUCCGACGCCACAGGCUGUAUCCUGAAAUCCAUUUGUUGCUCACGAGCACGGAAUAUCAUCCCCAAGUCUCACGUGACCCCCUAGGUCACCAGCAUUGCUUGCCUACUGCAGGACAAGACAAAGAGGGUGCGAUAGUCCCGUGUUUGAACGUUGUUCUGGGACACGAAAGUCGGCCGUCUUCUUUGGUCUUGCUCGUCCUGCCUUGUAUCUCAGUUGACGUGCUUACAGCGAAACCGACUGUCUACACUCACUAGACCUAAUCCUAGCAAGCAAAGGUGUGCCCGUGGCUUGAUACUGCAGGUGGGCUCCAAAAUAUCCCGGCAUAAAUCAAAACACUCAAAACACUUUCUCUGUAUUUCGCUUGGCGUUCUUGACGCCUUUGUCCUUUCGUCCACUUGGUCCCCCUUUCCCGCCGAAGGAUUUCUUGGAUCUUCCCAUCUCUUCCAAAUCCACUCGUUUGGCCUUCUGGAUGCCGGACAACCCCGCGACAUAUCUCGAUUCCACCUUCUCCAAGAUGUUGUCAUUGCGCUCCAGGAAAUACCGGUAGUCCCCGUCAUAUCGAACAAGGUUUUCUUCCUCCA